AUGAUGAAUGACACAAACACGAUCUCCAACGCUGAUGUUUUUGUUCCUGAUGAAGAUGUUGAUAUAUAUAUAUAUAUUAGCAUUAAUUUUUUUUUUUUAGAAGAAGAGUUCAAAGAAUUCGCUGAGAAGGCCACGUCAUUGCCUCCAACUAAGGAUGUAGAUAAACUCAUCCUCUAUGGACUAUUUAAGCAAGCAACUGUUGGAGCUGUUAAUACCAAUCGUCCAGGAAUUUUCAGCCUCACAGAGAGGGCAAAAUGGGAUGCUUGGAAAGCGGUUGAAGGGAAGACCAAACAACAAGCUAUGGCUGAAUACAUCACCAAGGUCAAGCAAUUGCAAGGAUCACUGUCUUCUACAUUAAAAAAUAUCUCAAUUAUGUGGUUUUUUUGUGAGAACAGAUCAGAACAAAAGCUAGAGUGCAAUCAACAGGAUGAAAAGACAAGAAACAAGACUAAACCACUGUUGUUGAAAACGAUUAACAGAAAUGACUAUUCAUUCAGCUGA